AUGCGAGUUUUUGUUACCGGUGCUACGGGCUUUAUUGGCCAAGCAGUUGUUCAGGAGCUCCUUGACGCAGGCCAUGGAGUCAUUGGACUCGCUCGCUCCGAGAAAUCGGCUACCGCGCUGCAGGCGAAGGGUGCCGAUGUAAUCCGCGGAUCUCUCGAAGACAUCGAAAGUCUCAAGCGUGGGGCAAGAGAAGCUGAUGGAGUCAUCAAUCUGGCCUUCAAUCAUGACUUUACCAAAUAUGAAGAAAAUACCAACGCCGAGUAUGCAGCGGUUCAGGCCAUCGGCGCUUCUCUGGUCGGAACCAACAAACCUUUCGUUAUCACCAUGGGUACCUUAGUCUUGCCGAAGGGCAAAUCGGGUGUGGAGGAUUCGGUAAUUGAUUACGAUGAUCCUUUUAACGUGCGUGCUAAAAGUGAGAAGGAGGUGGAUAUUCUUGCAGCUCAGGGUGUACGCGCCUCGGUCGUCCGGCUUUCGCCAACUGUGCACGGCUCUGGGGAUUUCGCGUUUAUCCAUAUGCUUUCCCAGAUUGCGCGUGAAAAUGGCGAGUCUGCCUAUAUUGGCAAUGGGCUCAACCGUUGGCCAGCUGUUCAUCGCCUUGAUGCGGCACGUCUAUAUCGCCUAGCUGUUGAGAAGGGUGUUGCAGGGGCGCGGUAUCAUGCGACUGCGGAAGAGGGUAUCCCAUUCAAGGAUAUUGCGGAAGCUCUAGGUCAAAGCUUGGAUCUCCCAGUAGUGUCGAAGACACCCGAAGAGGCUCCAGCAUACUUCAAAGGCUUUAUGGCACCCCUUGCUGGUGUGGAUAAUCCUACUUCUAGCAAGAAAACCCAGGAAACACUCGGAUGGAAGCCUUCCGGAUCGACCCUUCUGGAAGACAUCAAGUCAGGACUCUACAAGAGUGAAAUAAGCGCAACUCUUUCCGUGUAA